GGAAGGAGUUUGUGUUUUGGCGGCUGACGUCCUGUCUAGCGGGCAAUAGCACGGUUUACAGCAGUUCGGUCCCUGCGUCGUGUCGGGAAUCUGGAAGAAAGGUCAUAAGCAUGAAACGCAGUUCAUUUUCCACCGGUGGUGCUGGCCGCCUCUCUAUGCAGGAAUUAAGAUCCCAGGACUUAAAUAAACCAGGCCUCCAUACCCCUCAAACCAAAGAGAAAUCAACCUUUGGAAAAUUGAAUAUAAACAAACCCACAUCUGAAAGAAAGGCCUCUGUAUUUGGUAAAAGAACUAGUGGACCUGGAUCCCGGAAUAGUCAAUUUGGUAUAUUCUCCACUUCUGAAAAAAUCAAGGACCCAAGACCACUUAAUGACAAAGCAUUCAUUCAGCAAUGUAUUCGACAGCUCUGUGAGUUUCUUUCAGAAAACGGUUAUGCAUAUAGCGUAUCCAUGAAAUCUCUACAAGCUCCUUCUGUUAAAGACUUCCUAAAGAUCUUCACUUUUCUUUAUGGCUUCCUGUGCCCUUCGUAUGAACUUCCUGACACAAAGUUUGAAGAAGAGGUUCCAAGAAUCUUUAAAGAUCUUGGGUAUCCUUUUGCAUUAUCGAAAAGUUCCAUGUAUACAGUGGGGGCCCCUCAUACGUGGCCUCACAUUGUGGCAGCCUUGGUUUGGCUAAUAGACUGCAUCAAGUUACAUAAUGCCAUGAAAGAAAGCUCACCUUUAUUUGAUGAUGGACAGCCUUGGGGAGAAGAAACUGAAGAUGGAAUUAUGCAUAAUAAGUUGUUUUUGGACUACACCAUAAAAUGCUAUGAGAGUUUCAUGACUGGUGCCGACAGCUUUGAAGAGAUGAAUGCAGAGUUGCAGUCCAAGCUGAAGGAUUUGUUUAAUGUAGAUGCUUCCAAGCUGGAAUCAUUAGCAGCAAAAAACAGAGCAUUGAAUGAACAGAUUGCAAGAUUGGAACAAGAAAGAGAAAAAGAACCGAAUCGCCUAGAGUCAUUGAGAAAACUGAAAGCUUCCUUACAAGCAGAUGUUCAAAAAUAUCAGGCAUACAUGAGCAAUUUGGAGUCCCAUUCAGCCAUUCUUGACCAGAAAUUGAAUGGCCUCGAUGAGGAAAUUUCUAGAGUAGAACUAGAAUGUGAAACAAUGAAACAGGAGAAUUCUCGACUACAGAAUAUUGUUGAUAACCAGAAGUACUCAGUUGCAGACAUUGAGAGAAUAAAUCAUGAAAGAAAUGAAUUGCAGCAGACCAUUAAUAAAUUAACCAAGGAGCUGGAGGCUGAACAACAGCAGUUGUGGAAUGAGGAACUGAAAUAUGCCCGAGGCAAAGAGGCGAUUGAAACGCAAUUAGCAGAGUAUCAUAAGUUGGCUAGAAAAUUAAAACUUAUCCCUAAGGGUGCUGAAAAUUCCAAAGGUUAUGACUUUGAAAUUAAGUUUAAUCCUGAAGCUGGUGCCAACUGCCUUGUCAAAUACAGAGCUCAAGUUUAUGUACCGCUCAAAGAACUCUUGAACCAAACUGAAGAAGAAAUUAAUAAAGCUCUAAAUAAGAAGAUGGGGUUAGAGGAUACUUUAGAACAAUUAAAUACAAUGAUCACCGAAAGCAGGAGAAGUGUACGAACUCUGAAAGAAGAAGUUCAAAAGCUGGAUGAUCUUCACCAACAAAAAGUUAAGGAAGCUGAGGAAGAGGACAAAAAAUGUGCCAAUGAGCUGGAAUCCUUGGAGAAACACAAGCACCUGCUGGAGAGUGCAGUUAACGAGGGCCUCAGUGAAGCUAUGAAUGAGUUAGAUGCUAUUCAGCGGGAAUGCCAACUAGUUGUGCAGACCACAACUGAAGAAAGACGAAAAGUGGGAAAUAACUUGCAGCGUCUUUUAGAGAUGGUUGCUACACACGUAGGGUCUGUAGAGAAACAUCUUGAGGAGCAGAUUGCUAAAGCUGAUAGAGAGUAUGAAGAAUACACGUCUGAAGAUCUCUUGGACAAUAUUAGAGAGAUUGGAGACAAGUAUAAGAAGAAAGCUUCUCUACUUAAGGCUUCUGAUGAAUGAAGAUAAAAUGUUGAUUAAGCGAGAACUUUAUUAACAGUGUAAAUUUUGAAAUGUCCUUUGUAGGUUUGAAAAAUCUCUAGCAUAUCCUUUAUCCCUCCUUACAAUGAAGUCUCAUGACCACAUCUUCCCAAGCCCGUGAAAUAUUUUUAUAUCUUUUAUAAAUCUAGUUCAUUAACUUAAGGUAUG